AUGGACUUCUUGCUGGCCAUGGCACUGAACUUGGAGUUCCAGGAGAUGCGCACCAGCAAGAGGGUGGAGAUAAUGGAGCUCAACAACCACUUCGCCAGCUACAUCGAGAAGGUGUGGCUGCUGGAGCAGCAGAACAAGGUGCUGGUGCUGGAGUUGAACCAGGCGCAGGACCAGGAGCCCUCCCGCCUGGGGGACAUUUACCAGGAGCAGCUGCGGGAGCUGCAGUGCCAUGCGGAGCAGUUGGGCACUGCCAAGGCCCGGCUGGAGAUCGAGAUGUUCAACCUGGCCCAGGACCUCAGCAGCCUCCAGCAGAAGCUGCAGGACGAGGUGACCCCGUGGCUGGAGGCUGAGAGCAACCUGGCUGCCUACAGGCAGGAUGUGGACAACGCCACCUUGUCUCGCCUGGACCUGGAGUGGCAUGUGGGGACCCUGCAGGAUGAGAUAACCUUCCUGCGCAAGGUCCAUGAGGAGAGCCACCGCCACCGCAAGCGCCCCUCUGGCACCCAUCGCCACAUGACUGCAGACGCCACUGCCGCGCCGCUGCCUGCCACCACCGAGCCGACUGGUGCCGAGCCCACCUGA